UAGCUAACGUCCAUGGCGAGGGUGUGUGUUUGUAGUCGUCCAAAGUUUGGGGGAAUCAGACGACAGAAUGUGACGUUUGUGUUGACGUGUUACAUAUUUGACUUUCUAUAUACACGUAACAGACUGCAUAAAGAGAUAUUUUAUGACCUUGCUUAUAGUUUUCCCAUUAUCGCAACAGAAUUCUUGCUAGUUCUAAUUAACCUGAUGUUCAUUCCGUGCCGCUGCAUCAGUGUCAGUGUACCCCUCAGUCGUAAAAAAAUUCCACUGACUUAAAACCUUAUUGAAUUCAGAUGAUAGGAAAACAUCAACAUCUGGUGGUUUGACGGAAGAAAACAUGAAAGUGCACCGACUGAUUUGAUCGUUUGAGAUUGUGGCAUUUACAAACAUUUCUCAUUUGAUUCAAGAACCCUACAAGAUAAUAAAGACAUAUACCCUGCAAUUUAUUUAAUGUUUCACAAAAAAAAAUUGCAAUAAAAAAGGCUUAACAUCUGCGAAUCCAAAGUCUGCAAGUGAUCUUUCGAAAAUUUGACAAUUCCUGGAGGUCGAGUACGCCUGCGCUCUAAUAAUAACAAAGCGUGUAUCAAUAUUUAACGUUUUAUUCAGUACUACUCAUUAGUCGUUCUGUAAUAACACAGGAGCUGUGUAAACUUUCAAAGUAUCAGACAUUUCCGUCUUACUGUCCGGAAAUCCAGCGGAUUAAUUUUCACUUCUGAUCAUGGCCGUCAGCUUUAGUGUCGGAAUUUCAGUAGCAGUCUUUUUAUGUUCACUUCUUCAAAGUGGCGAUGCUUGGGGACUUUUGUCACUAUUCAAGUCUUCAACGCCGACUGAAAUUUGUUACAAGAAAUAUGGUUGUUUUGGCACGGAGGCACCUUAUACCAACACGAAGGGAAUUUUACCACAAACUCCGCUGUCUCUAGGGGUUCGUUUUCUACUAUACACGAGGAAAAACCCACGAAAAGCAAAAAAGCUAAGGAGAUGUGGAAAGAAAGAAGAUUACCUCGACGUAGACACUCCUAAACCGACCAAAGUCAUUAUUCACGGUUAUGUUGAUCGAGGACGAAAAGAGUGGGUGAAAAGAAUGACAAGGGAGAUAAUCAAAAAUGGAGAUGUGAACGUGGUAGUAGUUGACUGGAAGCGCGGCGCAAUGACGCUCAACUACCUCCAGGCCGCCGCUAACACGCGCCUUGUGGGGGUCAUCGCAGCUCUAAUGGUUGAGAAACUUAACUACACAUACAAUAUAGCACCAUCAAUGAUCCAUAUCAUAGGUCAUAGUCUUGGAGCUCACAUAGCGGGAUAUAUUGGAGAACGAGUCCCUGGAAUAGCACGAAUAACGGGAUUAGAUCCAGCUGGCCCUGCAUUCGAGGGAACGGAUUCCGAAGUCCGUCUGGAUUCUUCCGAUGCAGAUUUUGUAGACGUAAUACAUACGGAUUCUGAUUCUCUUAUAAAUACAGAUUUACAACCCGGAUUUGGGACCAAACAGCAAAUGGGAGACAUUGAUUUUUACCCAAACCACGGAAAUAACCAACCAGGCUGUGCGAAUUCCGUUCAGGAUCACUUCAAAUUAUUCUUCUCUGGAAAUGCAGAUUUUAUGCACCUGGUUAUAUGCAAUCACCUACGAGUCCUUAGACUGUUUACAGAGUCUAUAAAUGGACCAUGUCAUUUCCGGUCGAACCCUUGCACAAUGGAACUCCUAGGAAAUCACGGAUGUGACUCAUGUGGUACUCGUGGGUGUGCCAUCAUGGGAUAUCAUGCAGAUAGAAAUCGAAAUAAAACAGGAGUAUACACCCUUACUACGAACGAUAAAUCACCUUUCUGUCUAAAAUGAACGUGUCAGUUGUUUUUUUUUCAGGUGUUUAGACAGUAUUAAGUUUAAGACAGUAAUGACUGUAUAUUUUGUACCACUCAUAAACUGAGAACAGACUUAAGUCAAAAUUUCACAUCAAUAUACAUUUGAAAAAAAAAUUGAUAAUGAAACAUUUGCGCAAUUUGUUGGAAUUUGAACAUUAUACAUCGCAAAAGUUUAGAACAUAUAAAAGAUAUUCAGAAUCAAAAGUUUGACUUAAGUCUUUUCUCAGUUUAUGGUUUCCAGGCCUGCUUGAUAAUGUGUACAUUUAUUAUAAAUAGCUGGACAUGGCACUGAUUUUUGUAUAGGUUUUUAAUCCAAGAAAAUUAUAUGCUUGAUCUGAAGAUAUUGUUAAGUUUCGACUGUUAUAUUUUCUUGUGAGGUUGUCUUGUACCGCUAUUUCCUAAAUAAAAAAAAACAGUGCUGUGCUGCUUGUAUGCUGCCAACAUCAGCGCUCCUAUCGUCUGAUAAAAUGAAUUUUGAAUUUAACCGGGA